AUGAUUGGAUGGUAUGACUCGUUACGCAGGCUGCUGCCUACAGAUCGUGAUCGUCUUGCAGAUGUGAUGUGCCAGUUGGUGAAUAGCCCUGACCCAGUUGUCUGGAAACAGACGGCCGUCGCUGUUACCAUCCGUUAUCGCAUGUCGCGUGACUCGGCUCAGCUCGCUCAUCUACCAUUGUUGCUAGAGGGAGAAAGAAAAGUGAUACCCAGAUUAGAAGCCACUCCUUGA